CUAAUUCCUCCACCUUUCCAUCCUCCAGCUACUGGUGCUGUGACCUCCCUCCAUAAAGGGCUUGGCUGUCCCACAGCCCAGUCUUUCCUGCCUUCCUCUAGCCGAUCCAGCACAACAACACAGAUUGUGGCAACAAAAAUGGAGAGGACAAGGCAUGUUCCAUCAGUUUCUUACUGCUGACCCUUCUUUGAUGAUUCAUUCAUGACUAUCAAAGACAAUUGCUCUACAGGUGGAAGAGUGACUCCAGAUACCUCAGAAGACUUCUGGGGAAGAAUUUUAUUGAUUGAAAGAAAAUUAUAAAGUGAUAAAGAAGAAUGCCACCAAACAAAAUAAAAUUGUAGUGUGUCAACACAAAAUAUACAUUGGAUAAACCUACAAUUCUCAUUGAUGGCAUUUUGAAUACAACAAGCCAUUGGGCUUGAAAGCCUGAGUUCUAGCUAUUCGAGGGAGAAAAACGCUUAUGCAUCAAAGCAGCAAUGGCAACUUGGCGGACUUCUGCGCUGGUACUGCGUAUAGCUCAUACUCCACACUCACAGGUGCCCUUACCAUGGACGACAACAGGAGGAUCCAAAUGCUGGCAGACACUGUGGCUACUUUGCCUCGGGGACGAAAGCAGUUUACUUUGACCAGAUCAACUUCCUUGGGUGACUUUUCCUGGUCUCAAAGAAAGCUUGUUACUGUGGAAAAGCAAGACAAUGAAACAUUUGGAUUUGAAAUUCAGACAUACAGGCUCCAGAACCGGAAUAUCUGCUCCUCAGACAUAUGGACUCUGGUCUACAAAGUAGAGGAUGGCAGCCCAGCCCACUGUGCAGGCCUCCAAGCUGGUGAUGUCCUUGCAAACAUCAAUGGCAUGAGCACAGAAGGCUUUUCUCACAAACAAGUGGUUGACCUGAUCCGAUCAUCUGGAAAUCUCCUAACGAUAGAAACUCUUCAUGGAACAAUGAUUCACAGAAGAGCAGAGCUGGAAGAAAAGCUGCAGGCUUUAAAGCAAACCUUGAAGAAAAAAUGGGUGGAGUUCAGGUCUCUGCAUUUACAGGAACAACGCCUGCUUCAUGGUGAUGCAGCUAGCUUCCCAAGUUUGGAAAACAUAGACCUGGAUGACACGUCUUUAUUUGGAAACACUUCUGAGCCAGGGACAACUCUUCAGGAUAGGAACCGACUAUCCAGUGAGAGUAGCUGUAAGAGCUGGCUGAGCUCCAUGACGGUGGACAGCGAGGACGGCUGGCAGACAUGCGUAUCCGAGGACUUGGGUAGGGGUGCCUUCAGCAGGCAGACAAGCACAGAUGACGAAUGCUUCGUCUCCAAGGAUGGGGAUGAUUUUCUGAGGAGCAUUUCUUCAAGGAGGAACCGGAGCAUCAGUGCCACCAGCAGUGGGUCCUUGUCUCCCUUGUGGGAGGGUAACUACUCAAGCAUGUUUGGGACUCUGCCCCGGAAAAGCAGAAGAGGAAGUGUCCGGAAGCAACUUUUAAAAUUCAUUCCAGGCCUUCAUCGUGCUGUGGAAGAGGAAGAGAGUCGUUUUUGAUGGGUUCUGGAGAAAUUUUCAAAACUGGCUUAUUUCUCCAUUCUCUCUAGGCUGCCUGGAUCCACCCAGCUUACUGAGAAAGUGCAGGUUGAUUGCAAAACUGACACCCAUUUCACAGCAACAGUGACCUUUAUUGAAAUUCUUACAUAGUUGAUUUUUCUUUUUAAAUCAUUUUUAACCAGUGCAGUUGAAGAACAGCGGACAUUAGGGAAAAUAAGUAAGACAGUAGAUGCUGUAAUGAACAAACACAAGAGCCUUUUCAUCUAAUGCUGCCUAUAAAAGUAGGAAUACUAUUUAUUGUACAGGUUUCACAUGUGAAAAGUUGAGAACUCUGGAGUUAAUGUGAAUAGGCAGUGGCAAUAUACUUACCAGGUUUGCUUUCCAUAUAUUAAUUUGAUACUUAUGUUUACUUAAUUAAACUCAGUAGUCUUUGCAAUAAAGAAUUUUUAAAUGUUUCUGUUCAAACUGUGGAAAGAUAACCAUCAGCUUUUCUUACAACCACAAUGACAAUAAAGCAGGAGGUUAAGACUGAAUAUAAGGGGCCAAACUUCAUGGGAACCAUGGGGAUGGGGUCUGAGAUAAAUGCAGAGGAAGAUUAUGACGAGAUUUUUUUUUUCUGUAGAGAGUCUAAACAAAAAGGAUGGGCAUGUCAUUAUUUUUUUGCCGUUUCUAUUUUUGUUCUGCCUGAACAUUAAUGAUAAUCCACAACUCUCAGGAACCAACAGAAUUGGGAUUUUAUUUUUAAUUUUGUUAUAUAUAUUUAAAGUGCAAAACACCAAAAAUCAGAAGAGGUUUCCUCCUGUGUGUUUUCACUUUAUUCCUCACUAUAGAUUUCAAGUAAUAGUUGGCUCAACAGUCUUUUAA